AUGGCGGCCCCUCGAAGACUACUCUCAUCGAUCUCGCCCGCGACACUUGGAUUCGCAGCGGCAGCCGGCGCUGGUGUUGUUGCUUUCAACAUGUCCAAGUCUUCUUCAAGCCCAGCGGAACCACAGAAGAGUCUCGGCCAGAAGCCCGUCUUCCCAGCUAUGGGCUUUGUGAGCUUGACAUUGGAGGAAGCACGCAUGAUUAAUCACGACACAAGAGAACUGAAGUUCAAGGUGCCUGGUGACGAAGCCAUUAGUGGAUUGAGCCCUGUGUCCGCUGGCUCUUGGUUUCCAACAUUCCGUCCCUACACACCCAUCAGCACUCCAGAUAGCCCUUAUAUCACCCUCCUCGUAAAGCAAUACCCAAACGGCCGUGCUUCAACACAUCUCCACAAUCUUGCUCCUGGCCAAACGCUCAACGUCAAGGCCAUCCCAGAAUUCCCUUACAAGCCCAAUCAGCACAAGCAGCUUGUUCUUGUGGCUGGCGGCGCAGGCAUCACACCANUGUUCCAGGCUCUGCGCAGAGUUCUGGAAAACCCUGAAGACAAGACUCGUGUGAGUUUGAUCUACGCCAACAAGACCGAGUCAGACAUCCUGAUGAAGAAAGAGCUUGAUGCUUUGGCAAGUCAACACUCUGACCGAUUCACAACAACCUACGUGGUCAACGACAACAAAGGGUCCGAUAAGAGCCUGGAANAGGGUUAUGUGACCAAGGAGAUCCUGAGCAAGGUACUACCUACACAAUUUGCAGGCGAUGAUGUCAAAGUCUUGGUCUGUGGUCCUCCGGCCAUGCUGGAUGUAAUCGCUGGUGCCAAGGGUGCACGAGGUUGGACACAGGGAAGGCUAGGAGGCAUGCUCAAGGACCUGGGCUUGACCGAGAAGCAAGUGCACAAGUUCUAA